GGUCUGAGAGUGAAACAGACUGAGGGGGACCUGAGGAGUGGAGGGCGGGCACGUGUGGAGCAGUGUCUGCAACUUGUGGGCCAAGAAGAGAGGAAAAAAGAUUUACAUUUGCAUACAGCUGGACAGAUGUGGAGGCAUCAGCGACCACACUUCAGUCCUGGAGAGUGGACACAGCAGUAAGGUGAUAGUUUUCAGCCACCCUCGGGGAAAGAAGGUGAAGAAAGGGACAGCGAGAGGGAAGACACAGAUCGCCACUGAAAGUGUGUGGUGCACUGACCCUGCCUGCGACAGGCGAGGAGUCAGAAGACCAGGGCCAUGAUUGGCUCUCCUGGCCCUGGUGGGCGUGCCUUAGUGCCAUGGCUGAGUGAGUGGCGAUGGGUCCUUGCUGCUUUGCUGGUUGCCAUAAUAACUUUGUCGCUGCCAGGAAGUAGCCAGGCCUGUCCGCCACGGUGCGAGUGUUCAGCUCAGCUGAGGUCAGUGUCGUGCCAACGGCGGCGACUCACCAACAUCCCAGAGGGCAUCCCCACGGAGACACAACUUCUGGACCUCAGCAAGAACCGGCUCCGCUGGGUGCAAACAGGUGACCUGGCACCUUACCCACGGCUGGAGGAAGUGGACCUCAGUGAGAACCUCAUUGCCACUUUAGAGCCCAAUGCCUUCGCUAGCCUCCAGAGUCUUAAGGUGCUGAAGUUAAGGGGAAACCAGCUUAAGUUAGUGCCCAUGGGGGCCUUUGCCAAGCUGGGCAACCUGACCAGCCUGGACCUGAGUGAGAACAAGAUGGUGAUUUUACUGGACUACACCUUCCAGGAUCUGAGGAGUCUGAAACAUUUGGAGGUGGGAGACAACGACCUGGUUUAUAUUUCCCACAAGGCAUUCUCAGGUCUCCUGGGGCUGGAAGAUCUCACAAUAGAGCGCUGCAACCUGACAUCCAUCUCUGGCCAGACGCUGUCUUACCUCCGCAGCCUGGUCACCCUUCGCCUCCGUCACCUCAGCAUCAUUGCCCUGGAGGACCAAAACUUCCGCAAGCUCUCCAACCUGCGGGGUCUGGACAUCGAUCACUGGCCAUACUUGGAGUACAUCUCCCCUCUUAGUUUCCAGGGCCUGGACCUCCACUGGCUCUCCAUCACCAACACCAACAUCACCUCUGUCCCCUCUGCUUCAUUCAAGAACCUGGUGCACCUCACCCACCUCAACCUGUCCUACAAUCCCAUCACCACCCUAGAGCCCUGGGCCUUCAAGGAUCUGCUGAGGCUGAAGGAUCUCAUCAUGGUAAGCACAGGGUUGAUGACAGUGGAGCUCCAUGCCCUUGGAGGCCUCCGACAGAUCCGGGUCCUCAACUUCUCCUCCAACGACCUGCAGACUCUGGAAGAGGGCUCCUUCCACUCUGUCAACAGUCUGGAGACCCUCAGAGUGGAUGGGAACCCCCUGAUGUGUGACUGCCGUCUGUUGUGGAUCCUGCAAAGACGCAAGACCCUCAACUUUGACGGCAGAGUGCCGGUGUGUGCUGGGCCGGUGGAGGUGCAAGGGGUCAGCCUCAGCGCCUUCACCGAUUCUGCACUCUUCGAUCACUUUACAUGCCAGAAACCUAAGAUACGCAACCGUAAGCUGCAGCAGGUGACCGCUCGUGAGGGCCAGCCAGUCAGUUUUCUGUGUAGAGCUGAAGGAGAACCUGCUCCUGCUAUUGUCUGGAUUUCCCCACAGCGGCGACGGAUCACAGCUAAGAGUUCAGGGCGCAUUACUGUUCUCCCUAGUGGCACCCUGGAGAUCCGCUACGCCCAGCUUACUGACAGCGGAACAUACAUCUGCAUCGCCAGUAACGCAGGAGGCAAUGACACCUACUUCGCCACACUCACAGUGCGUGGGCAGCCGCUAGAUGCCGCCUCUGCCUUCUUUCUCAACCGCUCGCUGUAUAGCGGCGACUUCUUCAACGACACAAAUCUGAAUAGCACACGUGUUUUCCUCAAGUUCACUUUGGACCUAACCACCAUCUUGGUCUCCACGGCAAUGGGUUGCAUCACCUUCCUGGGGGUGGUCCUCUUCUGUUUCCUGCUGUUGUUCGUGUGGAGCCGGGGACGCGGCCAACGCAAGAACAACUUCACAGUGGAGUACUCUUUCCGGAAAUCUGAACCCGCCACUGGAGGCACCUCUGGAGGGACCAGGAAGUUCAACAUGAAAAUGAUAUGAAACAACGCAGCCAGGGGUCACUCGGGGGAGGCAUGAGCACGUCCCAAAAACGUGUUUGACACACGCAAACACACACAGCCACUGACUCGCAAAGAAGUUUUAAAGCACAAUUCAAGUUUCUGUCUAUGGCUCUAUUCAGAAUUGAGUGCCCACAUCAAAACUGGAGCCAUGACUCGAUUUGGUUUGAUUUGUGAAUGAAAACAAAUUUACCCUGACCUCUCUGCCUCGCAGUGGUUUUAUUCAGCUUGUGGUGAAAAGCAUGUUUAAAGGAUACAGUAAGGAACAACUGGUAGUUUUGAAAGCGCUAUCUGUCAUCCACGCUUCAUAAGAAUAAUAGAGUUAAGAAUUAUAGGAGAUAAGGUUUUGAAAUUGUCAUGAUUACUGAGCUGUGGAAUACUGGUAGUCCUGUGUCUAGGUUACAUUAAUGAGGAAAUUUAAAAGAUUUCCUUUUUUCAUCUAAAUUUCCCUUUACUGUAUGCUGUGCAGUCGGGGAUUUUAAAAGAAAUGUAAUGCAGGGAUACCUGGCUACCAUCCAUUUGUAGAAUUUGUAGCUGUGCUCUUCUAAAGUCUGCCUUGUUAAGAAUCAUGCAUGUAGAAACGCAGUUGAGAGUUAAGUUGUAAGUUUAUACCACUGAAUAAAACAAAUUGUUCUGAAA